AUGUUGUCAAGGGCAAAGAAGAGGGCAAACAAGCGCUUGACUAACAAUCUGUUGGAAGGAUUGUGCUUCCACAGCGAUGCUCUGCACUUGAUUCAGUCUGAUCCAGACUAUUUUGGCAAAGAUGCUAUCGAAGUGAUUCUAGCGGCUUGCCAGGAGGACACUAUCAGCACUUCAUUCAGCGGAAUUGAAGCACCACACACUGCCUCCUGUGCUAACCGCGUUGCCCUGGCUGAGUUCUUGGACAUUGACCAAAAGCUGGUGCCAAUGCCACGUCUCCUGCAUAUGAUCGAGUGGGAUGUUCAGAACCGCGCCGAGCUCAUGAUCAUUGCACGCCAAACAGGAAGCUGCUUAUUUGGAGAUAUCGCAAGCUUCUUCCGAAAGGAACUGCAGGAAACCAUUCAAAUGAUCAAGGACAAUCCCGCCAUGGUCGCUGACAUCUUGGCACCAGUGAUCGCGGGAGGAAAUGCCAUGGUCAACCAUUCGUGGUGCUACUACCACCAGAAGCAAUGCUGUAUCAAAACAGCAGUUCGCCAUACAGCAGGGACUUCUUGUGUGCCCUUCAGCAGAAGGGGUGUCAACUUAGGCCUAAAAGAUGUAGCCACCCUCUAUAGUCUGGCCUGGAUUGAUCUACGCUUGCUCUUGCAAGAGCCUGAC